AUGGCCAUCUGGGAUUCCUUGAGCGGUCGCAAACAACCCCAGGGCUCUGAGCCCUUGGAUCAGACCCAAGAUGCUCAAUCUUUCCUCUCAGAGAUCUCCCUUCCGGAUCCCACCCAGCUCCAUCCUCUCUCUGGCUUGAACCAGGAUACCCUCGACUACAUUACGCUUGAAGAUUCCAGCCUCGACGAACUCCCCGGCUCGCGAUCCGUUCUCCCGUCUCGCGGUUGGUCCGACGACCUGUGUUACGGUGCCGGCACGACCUACCUCUCCGCGUUGACUCUCGGAGGUGUAUGGGGAAUGGCUGAAGGACUCAAGAAGACGCCCGUGACUGCGCCUCCCAAGAUUCGGUUGAACGGCGUCUUGAACUCGGUAACGCGGCGAGGACCCUUCCUUGGCAACUCCGCCGGCGUGGUUGCUAUGGUAUACAACUGUUUCAACUCUGGUCUCGGAUACGCACGAGGCAAGCACGAUGCUGCGAACAGCAUCGUCGCCGGUGCGCUCAGCGGAAUGCUGUUCAAGAGCACCCGUGGACUGAAGCCCAUGGCGAUCUCUGGCGGUAUAGUCGCUGGCAUUGCGGGAGGCUGGACCGUCAUCAGCAGGGCGCUCCUGUAA